AUGCCAAUUGAAACCUCAUUCGUUCCCGUCCUUAGAACCUUCUUUAUCCGCCUUCACCGCGUACGAAGCGUGAAAACCAUCGCAUCCUCCAAUGUCGCUCCUUCGGCGGUAGCAAUUAUCAUUCCGAGCUUACUGGUCUCCACGCCGUCAAUUGGUACCGCCAUGCGGAUUUGCGGGCGACUAUCAACGGUAAUAUGCACAGCACAUAUCUCAUAUUGCCCUGCUGGUUAUACGGCCGCAAGAUGUCAACGUUUCCUGUCGACUACCACGGAUGAACCGCUUCCGGAAAGACCACCUAAUGCUACGAUAAGAAUUAGGCUCAUGAAAUCUGGACCGUCCCUCCCAGAACCAGAAGAUGGUUCGCCUCCGGAAUCCAACAACGAUGUUCGAAGGAUGCUUAGGGAGAAGUUUCCCGGAAUAAUAAAAACACGGCAUAGGGAAAGGAAAGUGGCACAACGGGAGAGACGCGCAAAGGCGAAACUAGGUCUUAACACGGACCCGACGGAAACCCCUAUUGCGUCGGUCCACCCAACGGCACAAGAGCGGUCCGUCAAUAGCACGGUAACACAACAAAGGAGCAUGUCCGAAAUAUGGGAGAAGGAGAAAAAGAAAAAGAAAAAGAAAGGUGCUGCUUCGCUGGAACAGGGCUUGGCAAUAAGUGCGAAGGAUUCUAUGGAGGAGACCUCAAACCAGCAGUCGACGUUUCCCGUUCCUACACACCUCGGCAAUAUCACAAAUGCCAGCCUCGGAAACGCACAGUGGAAAUACAACCGUGUCUCUUACGACGCUAUGUUAGACGCAGUUCUCACUCUGUCGCCCGGUCUUGUUAUACAAAUCCUUCAAUUGAAAGAGGUUAGGCGACUCCGUGACGCAUAUUUACAUAGUCUCGUCAAAGAAGGACUACAAAAGGGUGACCUGAUAUACUACCGAACCAACGGAGCGAUUCGUAUCAAGAGGAUGGAGUGGGCUGAUAAACUUCAUGCCUUGAGGGUCAAGCGGGAUAUUUUAACGUGCUAUUCUGUGAAUCUCGAGACAAAAGAUAUUAUGUUCGACUACAAGCUAGCAGCAAAGAUUUUUGGUGGACAUGAAUUUCCUACGGACACUCGAGUCCCGGGGAUCCCGUGGGUCCUUAGCCGCAGGAGAUCGCUGACACUGAAGCCAAAAUCCAGUGAUAAGCAUGACAGAGACAAGGAAAUUAUGAUGGAGGAAAUUGCCCAGGCGGGUGGAUCUACAGCGCCUACCGCACCGGAGACGCCUGGCGAAACACCUGGAGGUAGUAAAAUUCUACAGACCUUUGAUGGAGCUCCGGCCACAGGCUCUCUAGCUCUUAGGAAACGGGCAGUAACUGGAGAAAUCGAUCCUGUAGUUGGUACGGAGAACCGGGAUGCUCCGCAAGCUGCUGGUACACUGGAAUCCCGCUCUACGGUGUCGUUUGCCCCUCCGCUGGAGGCUCAACUCGACGGCGGUUAUGAGUAUCUUCGUCGAGGCCGAUGA